CCCGCACAUGAGUCAGCAGAUUCAUCAUUGCAACGUCACUUCCUUAUUCAAUAUGGCGGCCAAAACGUUUCAAUUUGGACGCAUUGUUCUCCAGCCGUCAGUGGUGUUUUUCCGUUCCAAAUUAUCGUUUGCUUUUGUGAAUAGGAAGCCAGUGCUCCCUGGACAUGUUCUUGUGUCUCCUAUUCGUGUUGUAAAGAGAUUUUGUGACCUAACAGAGGAAGAAGUCGCAGACUUGUUCGCUAGCACGCAAAAAAUUGCUCGUGUUAUUGAGAAGGAGUAUGGGGCGACCUCACUCUCGAUAGCGAUCCAAGAUGGGCCCGAAGCAGGACAAACAGUGGAGCAUGUCCAUGUCCACCUGUUACCAAGGAAGAGAGGAGAUUUUGAAAGCAAUGACGAUGUUUACAAAGCGCUCGAUGAACAUGACAAGCAACAAAUUGAAUCCAAUGGGACGGAAUUUAGGAGUGAGGAAGAUAUGUCGAAAGAGGCAGCUAGUUUAGCUUGCUUUUUCUAAAGGUCUCUGAUCAAACGUUAAUUUUAAUGAUAAGAAAUGUGUGCCGUCACGAGUAGGCCAGGAACCUAUACAGUUAAGACGAUUUCCAAACUUUCUCUGGUCCGGCUGUUCUGUCUAGACGCUGAAAUGUUUUUGUCUGAGCUACAGCUAAUGUUUUUAACACAAUCUAAGCUGCUAUAGACGAUUGGAAGGUCAACAGCUACUAUUCAAGAUAUGGAAUUAAAAGUGUUGGUUUUGAGCUUCGAGCAUUAUCAAUAACGAUAGGAUUGGCCAAAGGUUAAACUGUUUCUUUUAACCUCCUCUUGUUCGUCUUUGAAUACUUCAGUCUAUUACGUUCGAACACAAUGAAUACGACCAGUAUGACGACAAGUCUGUCGGUCGAACCCGUGGCGCUGGCCAACCAGCCAAUAAGCGAGAUUGGUAAGAUAGAUCCGUAAAUGAAAUAUGAUUUAAAUGUUUACAGUUUCAAUUUCAGUUGAUUGGUCUUGGGUUAUCAGUGAUUCUCUGUUAAGUUUAUGAGCGGGUAUUAGGGUCUAUUAGGGUCUAUUAGAAACCGGAAAGCGGUAGGAAAAAAAAAACAUCCAAAACCGAAAACCGCAUGUGUGGUGUAUUUGCAGAGACUGGGCAGUAUUCGUUCCAGUCUCCCCCGACGUUUGUUGUUCUGGUUGUGAAGCGAUGCCAAGUGCUCGUGAAUCGAAAUAGAAUUAAAGCUUUUCCUUCGUUGAAUACGUCUUUUUCCUUCGUUGAAUACGUUGAUGCGUUGAAUACGCAUCAAAUCAAGAGGAAGUUGAAAACAACGACAAAAAACAAGAGAAACAAAAGGAAAGCACACCGUCUUGUUGCUGAUUAAAAUCACCAACAGGAUCACCUAG